AUGGCUAAACUCCAAGAACGUAACAAUCUCCUCUCGUCCAAAGUGGACGAAACCCAACGGUUGCUUAAUCAGCAGGAAACGCAAAACGUUCGGAGCACCGAAUCUUCCCAGAGUCAGCAGACCCCCGGUCGGCAGAAGAAGGGAAAACAGGGGGCAAAGGCAACGCCUGCGCCUUCCAAGCAGCUGGUAGUCCCAGCACCCAGGACCAACCGCACGUACCGAAGAAGGUAUACACCGACUGUCGUCAUCGGAUCAACGACAAGAAGGAUGCCGAACGGCAUAGGUCCCCAAUCAGACUAA